CCAACUCAACACACAUUCGCAAGACUCGCGAAACGCUAUUCUGCCGCUGUCCCGAAAUCCUCCGCCUUCUUCCUCGCCGUCGCGGCCCUCGCCUCGCAUCCUCCUCCCCUAAUCCAACCCUUCCCUCCCUCAAUCUUCCACAUCGGCAUGGCGUCCGAUACCGAGGGCAUCGCCGCCCUCUUCUCCAUGUACAACGACGAUGAGGAGGAGGAGGAGGACGCCGACGAGCCCAACCCCCCUUCCCCGGCGCCGCCCGCCGCCACCGCGGCGCCCGCCAUCACUUCCUUGUCGCCGCUGCCCUCCCAAGCCGGGGGCGAGGAUCCCAACCCUUCCCUGGCGCCUCCGUCGCCUUCCCUCCCCGAGGAGUCCGCAGGCCGCAAAACCCUAGCGAGCCCCCACCCCUCCCCGGCGCGGGGGCAGCUUCCGCCGCUGCCUUCGCGGCGCUCUUCUUCGCCCUUUGCGGUCUCGUCCCCCUCCCCGCUGCGGGCCCCAUCCUCCGCGCUGCCGCCCGACCUGCCGCGCCCUCCGCGACGAGGGGCGCUUGCAAUCGUGGACUAUGCGCACGACGAGAUGGCCAUGUCGCCCGAGCAGGAGGUAGAGCCGCUGAAUGUGGAUUGGUUGCAGGAUGGGGAGAUCAUGAGCGGCGCACACAGAUCUGGCUCAGAUGCUCAGGCUGCUGAUGGGAAUCUUGAAGAACGAACUCCCUCAGGUACAGUUCAUAUUAUGACCUCAAAUACUCAAGCAGAAAUGUCUCAGCAUCCUGAUGCGCCUGAGCAGAACCAAGUAGGGACGAACAUGGCAGUAGAUGUAACUAGAGCAGAAAUUGAAGAUGCCCAGAUGGAGGAAACUACUGAUGUUUCAACUAAUGGUGAAAAUGAUGAUCCAUUGAGUCGUUUCCUUCCUCCACCUGUGACUAGAAAAUGCUCUGCAGCAUUACAGCAAAAAAUUAACAGGUUCCUAGCGUACAAAAGGGCUGGAAAGAGCUUUAACGCGGAAGUGCGCAACAGGAAGGAUUACAGAAAUCCUGACUUCUUGCAGCACGCUGUGCGGUAUCAAGAAAUUGAUCAGAUAGGGACCUGUUUCAGUAAGGAUGUCUUUGAUCCUUACGGGUAUGACAAAGCUGACUACUAUGAUGAGAUAGAAGCUGACAUGAAGCGAGAACUUGAGAGGAAGGAACAGGAAAGGAAAAAAAGCCCAAAAGUUGAAUUUAUUCCUGGAGGAGUACAACCUCCAAUUGGUGCAUCAAUGCCAAAGAUUCCAGCUUUAGCUGGUGUUGCGACACUUCCGGUACCUGCAGAAGGUGUAAAAAAAGAGACUAGGCCAAACAAGAAGUCGAAAUGGGAUAAGGUUGAUGGGGAUGUUAAGAACCCUGCAGUUCCUAGUGGACACGACAAUUUAUCAGCAACAGUUUCUGCAGCACUUUUGACUUCUGCUGCUAAUGUUGGUGCUGGAUAUGCUGCUUUUGCGCAACAAAAGCGAAAAGAAGCUGAAGAGAAGAGAAGUGAUUACAAGUCAGACAGAAGAUCCUAGUGCUGCCUUUUCUUUUUCAUCUGAGCCAUCAGUGUACCAUUGAGAUUUUUGGCAUAGUUUUGUAAUGUGCAUGAGGAAAAAGAAAUCAAGAUCGAUCCUGAGUUGUAUUCUAGAAAAGGUUCCCCGGCAACUUGUAUACACCUGCCAGAAACUAAACAUUUUAAGCCAAGAAAAAGAAAGAAAACUGAGUGCAA